GAAUAAAAAAGUUAACCUCAAACUAACCUCAAUUUCAACUCAACACAAUUACACAAUAACUUACUGUAUAUGAAUUUGUAUGAUAUCACUCUAAUUAUACCUUAUGUCAAAUUGUUUUAAAGAUUUAUGUAAUACUGAUUAAGAUUUAACUAGUGAAUGCUCUGAAGAAAGGAAGGAAUACAAAAUGGGAAGAUAGGUGGGACAAUGUGAUUAGGCUAGGCUAUGACUUGUAAAAAUAAGGUUUGAAGUGUAAAAACAAAAAGAUGUGGUUUAGAGUAACUCUAAUAGCCUACUAAGUUAACCCUAUAUUUAUAAAAAAAAUGGGAAUUCCUUGUUUACCUAACAACCGAACUAGUUUUUAUCUGUGAUUUAAUUUAAUCUAGGGGGCUUUAUUCCGGUAAAAACUAAGUUAGCAUGUAUUCAGUUUUAAAUUAUAGACCAUUAUCAAAGUGUAUGUAUCAGUACAGUUUGUGCAGGAACUUAUUUUCGAUUGUAGAUAAAAGGAUUUGUACUUUUCAAGUGUGUUGCAAGAGAAAGAAAAAUGAAUGCAACACUAGCAGCAGUUCUAUAUACAGGUACAACAACCAUCAAGCGGACCUGCUCAAAGUUCCUUUUAGGCCUAGUUUAAACCAAAGUAUUACAAACCAGCUGUGCAGAUUUAGUUCAGAUGUGAAACUGUCAGCCAAAAAAAGUGAACAAACAAGAACAAUUGUAAGCCUUCCUGCAUACUUAGUGGAAAACUCGUCAAGUUCUAUAAAACCUUAUUUAAGGUUGAUGCGCUUAGACAGACCUAUUGGAACAUGGUUACUGUUCUGGCCGUGUGGAUGGAGUAUAGCGAUGGCAGCGUCCCCUGGAUGUCUUCCACCGUUAAAUACUCUUGCUCUGUUUGGAGCCGGAGCUCUGGUCAUGCGAGGGGCAGGCUGCACAAUAAACGACAUGUGGGACAAGGACAUUGAUGGCAAGGUUGCCAGGACUAAGGACCGACCGCUGGUGAGCGGAGAGUUGUCCCAGUGGGACGCUCUAGUGUUCCUCAGCGGUCAGUUAGGCCUGGGACUGCUCAUAUUGCUGCAACUGAACUGGUACAGCAUCUUACUGGGGGCGAGCUCUCUAGGCCUUGUGGUGCUGUACCCACUGAUGAAGAGGGUCACGUACUGGCCACAGCUCAUAUUAGGCAUGACGUUCAACUGGGGUACUCUAUUGGGCUGGUCGGCAGUACAUGGAGCUUGUGAUUGGUCCGUCUGUUUACCACUCUACGCUGCAGGGAUCUGUUGGACCAUAGUGUAUGAUACCAUCUACGCUCAUCAGGACAAGGUAGACGACCUCAGGAUCGGAAUCAAGUCAACAGCUCUCAAGUUUGGAGAGAACACGAAGGCCGUGUUGUCUGGUUUCAGUGCUGUGAUGUUGACAGGCCUGGUGCUCAGUGGAACGCAGUGUGGUCAGACGUGGCCUUACUACACGUCAGUGGCUGUAGUAGCUGCACAUCUUGCCAAUCAGUUGUAUACCCUCAACAUAGACAACCCUUCCGACUGUGGGAAGAAGUUUGUUUCAAACAGGAGGGUUGGACUUAUCUUGUUUCUCGGCAUCGUCCUCGGUAACCUUGCCAAGGUCAAAGCCGACUCUCCGAAUGACGAACCUCACACCGACUCGUCUCGAAGUAGUGACGAGUGAUUCCUCGAUCUACAACGUUACCUAAACUAGUCACUGUACCUUAUGUUCAAAGGGAAAGCCAUGUACUGUAGAUAAAUUUUAUGUUUGUUUAAUGGGACAGAUUUCAGCUGGCUUACCUGAAAAACUUGAAGAGCCCAGGGGUAUAUUUAAAAACCUCUGGACUCUUUAAUUUUCUAAGGUAAGUUAGCUGAACUCUCUCCCUUUAAAUAAAUAAACUCACUAUGCCUUAUGUGAUUAAUAAAUUUGUUUGUUUGCCAA